AUGGCCGGCGCAAAUUACAUGGGCGGUAAGAGAAACUCGGCGCGCACGCGUUCCAAGGACUCGCGCGGCAGGGCCGAAAAGCAUCACUUUGGCCGAAAACGCGUCGAGCUCCUGCAGAAGUCUCUGGCAGCACCUCACUCUGCAACUCCGCUUGCAGACGCUACCGCUCGUCAAUACGCUGCACUGCCUAUUGAACUGGAUCAUGCUUCACGUGAUACUGGGAGCCGACGGACCGAGAACGCUUAUAACUUGACCUCAUCUCACGACAAUGGCAGUAUUGACGGCGAAGAACGUAGAGCGAAGAAGUCCUCGCGCGUGUUAGUUGAGAUGGACAUUGAUCCUACCAGCGUAUCUUACCGCUCAACCGUGUCGCAUAUUCUUCGCGUAUCGAAUACGACUGGUCUCAUUUCCAUGCGUGGAAGGCUCAAGACCCGCUCUACCAUGACUCGUCGCAACGAGAACCGCUCUGGUCCUGCUAAUAUUCCUGUCAUCAAUCGUUCGUCAGGAUCUUCUAGCGCAAGUGCUUCCAAUCCCCCUCUUGAUAGGCGAGACGACUGUGGGUUUGAAGAGGAUGUCUCGGGUAUGGAUCCUGGCAUUGAGGAAUCGCCUUUUGCUUUCGUCGCGGAUAUCGGCUCACAGGGUGACGGAGAAGCCGCAGCCGCGUCUGAUUCUUCAUCUCGCCCAAUAUCCUCGCGCGGUCUUCUGGACAUCAAGAACCAGAUGCAGGCCCGAUACGCUGACGUAGUUUGCAGUCAGCCAUCUCCAUCACAUACAGACGCAGGACUUGCGCAUGAGCGCUACGUCUCGCCCGUUAGUCCAAGCGCGCAAGAACUCGGCGCUACAUCACUGCAGCGUCUCUUCCCCACGCCUCGGCCUGGCUCGUCCGGGUCGCAUGGGGCUUCUCAAUCAGUCCUUCGUACUGAACAUGGCUUACCAGAGUCGUCUUCCGGACCUCUGCUUCGCGUGGGCGACUUACUUGAAGAGCCUGAUGCCUGGGACGCCGCUGGAUUGGCACUGGGGUUUCUACCUUCUCAACAAUCGAACACCUCUGUCCAGUCCGCACUAUAUCGUAGCGCCUCCUCACUCAGCACUGUAGUAGAGGUGGAUAUACCGCCGGCUGCUGUCGACCGUAUGGCUGGUGCCGAAACGUAUCCAACGCUGGUGCUCCCAACUGCGCAAGUGGACGAGCCUCAGACGGAUAUAGAUUGGGAUAUUAUUGAUCACGAAGAGGCUGUGUCUACUGCUGAAGACGCGACCGCUCCUUUGCAAGCUGAAACUGCUCGGGGUCUCCAAGAAAUCAGGCCCUCUGGCGAGCUCUGCGAGCAUCCGACGUCUAUAGACAUGAGAAAGCCAGUCCCUUCGCUCGACGAUAUAGAUCUCGACGCGCUCUUCGCAGAAGAUCAAUCCGCACAGCCUGAUGUCACCGCGCACGUUGACGCGUCAAAGACGCCCGCUCGUCCUCACGACGGGGUCACUUCUUCUACAAAGCCUACACCGCUUACCUCGAGCACGACCCUGAGCCAUCCUCCGCCGUACCACUUUGCCUUACAGAGCAAGGCGCCAGCAUCUAUGCCAUCAAAACCCCUUUCCAAGCUCAAGCUUCCCAUUCGACCAGUCUUCCCGCUGGCGAAUACCUCGGGUCGCGUACUUCCCACGGCGCAAGAACAUUCAUCGCGCAUCCCAGACCGCGUUGAUAACAUUGACAAACGACCAAAGCCGCUCCUUGUGCCCCUGGCGAAGCGCGAUAGCGCGGAAAGGAUCCUCUUUACGCCCAACGCGCCAUCGAAAGCUGCCACACCUAUUCCUCUUUCCAGUCAAGCGGCUAUACGCGAGCUAUGCCGAAGCCCUGAACCAGUGCAGCAGGCUCCUGAGGAUGACUUCCUUGAUAAUCUCUUCAACGACGUUAUGCCCAACUUGCCCAGUACUUCACCAGCCCCGCAGCCUUCAACCGCGCGGCCUGCCUUACCAUUUGAACUCUUCUGA